CACGGUUUUUCUGCGUAUCCAUUGAAUGCAGCAGAAGAAGAUGUCUGCGUCCUGUGGAAGGAUGGCGAGUCGGGGUCUCGUCCGGUUUGUGUCUCGUGUCAGCAGCUCGGGGCUGCGUCCAUUGUCCAGCACGUCUGUCUGUCGGGCGACACUGCAGACCAAACAUGUCACAGACAAGGCGACUUCACCGUGGACUUUGAUGGCAGCGGUGUGUCUGCAGAGGCUUCCGGUCAUCUCGUCGGACUUGAGCCCGAUAGAGCAGCAGUUCAAACACAUGCUGAGCCAGAUGGAGCUGGAGAAAAGCAUGCUGUCGGACCAUGAGCUGCGACUGCUGGAGGACAAAGAGAGGAUGAGUCGUAAGCAGGCAAACGAUUAUGACUCGGAUGAUGAGGAUGGCCGCGGUGACCAGGAUAUCGUGUUGACUCAAGACCUGGAAGACUCCUGGGAGCAGAAGUUCAAAAGCUUUCAGCCAGCGCCGAGGGUCAGAGCUGAUGUAGAUGAAAACUUGACUUCACCGGAGCGCUGCCUUGCCGACUCGCUGCUUCUUCUGGUCGAGCAGCAGGUCGGCGGCCAGAAGAUGUGGCUGCUGCCUCAGACUCAGUGGCAGGAAGGAGAAACACUGCGGCAAACGGCAGAGAGAGCCCUCUCUUCCCUGUCAGGGGCUGGUUUCAAGGCAACUUUCCUCGGCAACGCCCCCUGCGGAGUGUACAAGUACAAACUGCCCAAAGCUAUUCGGACGGAGAGCUCGGUCGGAACGAAGGUGUUCUUCUUCAAAGCUAUUCUGUCAGACAGCAGUCGCCCCGCAGCUCCAACCUCUCCUUUUCUGUGGGUGACAAAAGGUGAACUGCAGCGCUACCUGAAGCCUGCGUACAUGGCGAAGGUUGACCGCUUCAUCCCCCAAGUGUGACGACUAAAAACAUGGACACUGACUCACAGAACAAUAUUUAUAAGGCUCAGAAAGUUACCGUGUCUGUCAUCUUGUAUCAUACAAUGUUCUUUGAUUCGAUAUGUGUUUCACUGUAUGAAUAAAUAGUUUUUUCAUUUGAC